AUGUGUGGAUCCGAGGACAUGUGGUCCCUUGGCGUGUUGGUGUACGUGAUCUUGGUGGGGCAGUUCCCGAUCGGGCAGUCAAAGCAGACGAAGUCGGAGUUGACGCGGCAAAUCAUCAAGGUGGAGACUGAGCCGGUAAGGCUCAUGAACCUUGCCGGCAAGCUCAAGCGCAGCAUCGCAGCUGAGCAGGGCCGGCUGGAGAUGCGCCGGCGCCUGCAAGGCCAAAGCUCCAACACCGGCUCCUCGAGCGACUUCCACAAGAUCGCCCCAAGCAGCGAGGAGCCACUGACGAAUCCCUUGACAGGCAGUCAGCAGGCCCAGGACGAGACGUUAGCCCGACACCUCGCAGUGCAGGUCAAGAGGCUCAAGGUGGUGGAGUUUAUGAGGACUUUGCUGCGACGGAACCCAGAGGUGCGUUGCUCUGCAAGCGAAGCCCUCCAGGCUGAGAUCUUCAUUCAGCAACAGAGCCAAGAGGUGCUGGACGACGACGAGGGUGACCUCCUCGUGGUGAACCGUCGGCCCUUGAAACGUCAGAAAGACGGCGAGAAGGAGGGCGACAAGGAGGCUGACAAAGAGGGAGACAAGGUGGCGGCCGACCUGCAGCAGAACGCCAGCGAAGGAAGCCCUGUCAACCAGCAGCGGAAGUCCGACAAGACCAGCCGGGACCUCUCGUACCAGCCGGACUCGCCUCGCCACUCCAAGCAAGACGCCGUGGCCUCGAACAGCAAGAAAGACAAGGAGGAGCUGGAGCCGGAGCACCAGGACGAGGAGAACUCCUCCAGUUUGCCAGGCGGCGACCCGAAGGUGCGCAUCCCGCCUCAGCGCAAGCGGUCAGUCACGGCCCUCGGCAACGAGGAGUCCGGCGGCCCAGGUCGCUUGCUCCAAGUGCCGUCCAUGAAGAAGUUGAACAAGGCGAAAACGACCGGACAGCUGGACAGCAACGCCAAUGGUUCGGCCGAGGCAGAUGCAAAUGGAAUCGGCAGCCCGCGCACUUCAGGACUGCAGCUGGAGUCUCCUCGUGCGCUGACCCCCACGCCGAUCCCGGCGCUGCCAGCCCCGAGCCGGGCCGGAGGCGGAGGCUCUCCGACGCCGAUGUCGCCUUCGAACAACGGACAGCCCUACCCCGGGGACAGCGACCUCCUCUCCGGAGAGCCGCGCUGCGAGGCGUCGAUGAGCCGCGUGAACAGCCGCAUGAGCUCCGUCGGGGCCAAGAGCAUCAAGAGCUCCAUGGGCGUGUCGAUGUUCAGCCGGGACCAGUCGGGAUUCGACCUGCUGCACCAGCUCGCCGGGAAGAGCGACGCGGUGGCGUCCUCCUUCCAAUUCCAAGAUUCUGGGAUUUUGGACAGCUCCUCGCCGACCCGACCACGACCUGCGUCGCAGCGGCUAAACCACAUGGGGUCCGGUCAUUCCGUGCGCUCGGGGAACUCCUUCCGAUCCGGGGCCUCCGAGAUGGUCCUAGGCCCCGUUGGGGAGGGCGAGCGGAGCCCCGAGCACUCGGAAGCUGCGCUGCCUUCGCCCGCACAGCCUCGGCCUUUGCCCCCGCCGCCGGAACUCCCGGUGAACGUGGAGCCGCGCAUCCCCGAGGAGGAGGGACCCACGCCCAGCAAGCUCCAGAGGAGGGUCAGCGCCAGCUGCUUGGCGGAUGCGGACCGUCCCAAGCCGAUGCUCAAGCGGCGAGUCUCCUUCGACGAGGUGCUGUACAUGCAGCACAUGGUGCCCGUGGUGCCCAACCAGAUCCCGUCGCCUUCGCCCGGCUCCAACGCCUCGAACGGCUCCAACUCCUCGGAGGAAGCCGGUGCUGGCUGCCGCCGGCCGGAGAAGUUCGGCAUUCGCGGCACAGGAACACGGUUGCAGGCGCCCCGUUUUGGCCUCCGGAGUCCCCGCUCAAAGGGGAACUGGAACCUGGGAAAGAACAUGAUGUGCGCCACCUGCAACCACCCAAAGCCCACCAUCAACACCAUGGGUGAGCGGGCCCACGACUUCUACCCAUUGGCCUCGCAGAAGAUGUAUUGCAACGGGCAGAAGAACUGCCCUGAGUGCCACGCCAUCGUCCACAUGAGCCAUUCCGAGUGCCUCGCCUGCCGCGACCGAAAGAAGAACGCGGCGACGAUCCAGGCUCACCAGGCCUGCGUGGUGACCACGGCCACCGGCAGCAAGGACGCCAUGAGGUCCGACAGCCUCUACGCCUUGAAGGCGCCCGACGAAGUCCUCGCUCUCGAGGGCCCGCGCACUGCCGUCGACGAGCUCGUCGACAAGUACCGGGGCAUGGACGCUUUGGCCAUCAUCGAUGACCUCGAGAAGGUGAAAGCUGGGAAAGAGGCCAUCGACUCCAUGGAGGAGCAGCGCCGCAUCGCCGAGGAAGAGGCCAAGGAGAAGGAGCGCGAGCGGGAGCGGGAGAGGAAGAGGAAGGAGGCAGAGGAACAGGCAAAGAAGGACUUGGUGACGGCUCAAAGACAAGCCGCUGCCAUCGAAGCGGAGAGGAAACGAAAGCGGGAGGCUGCCCAGGAUCUGAUUGCCAGCAUGCUCGAUGCAGAGACGACGGCGGGCGCCACCGACGGCGACGACGCUGCUGCAGCGGGCGCUGCUGCCGGUGGCCAGAGCGGCCCCGGCGAGGGCGCCGACGCAAGGCUGGAGAGGAAGGCGAAGCUCCUGAAGCAAGCGGAAGAGCUGAGGCAGAAGCAGGAGCAGAUGAAGCAAAAGCAGGCGGAAGCGGAGGCCGAGAGGCGCCAGCGCAUGCGCGAGCGCCGGGCCGCGCGGCAAGCACGGCCAGCAGCGGGGGAAGCGGGCGCCGCCGAGGCGGUGGUUCUGGAUUGA